AUGAUUCAAAAAAUAAUCAGUGAUCCUAAUAUGAAAGAAGAAUAUAGUAAAAAAAGAAAACGGGGAGGAAAUCCCCUACGAGAUAUAUAUAUAGAGGUAUUCUAUAAUGCCCAGAAUAUCAUUCAUUCUAGUUUGCAUCAUUACCAAGAAUCCAAUUAUAGCUACAGCCUUGUUUCUUUUUUUUUUUCUCUCUCUCUCUUCAUUGUGCUUUGUAAUGCCCUUUAUGUGGUAAGUCUGAACUCGAUAUGUGAUCGGUGUGCCCGUAAACAAUACAAACAUUCUAUUCUGUAUAUUUACAUUAUCACCCGCGACUCAAAUUACUGCCAAUCAUUUGCACAAAUUAGUUUAGUUGACAGCCUGGUACGCAUAUCGAAAUAA